AUGCCGCCAUCCCGUCCCAACGCCCCUUUCAGCGAGCCUUACUGGCACUACGGGGCCCCGCCUCCAUACUAUACAGAGUCCCAUUUCAAGCUGCAGGCCGAAACUCGAGCUUAUGUGAACGAGUACAUCACUCCUUUCUGCGAAGAGUGGGAACGUCAAGGAUCCAUACCUCGUGAGGCAUAUGAGAGGCAUGCAAAGCUAGGCUACGUUGCGGCUGGCCUGUUUCCGCCCGAGCCUGACUACCUGGGCGAGGUCAUUCUGCCUUGUGGGAUUCCCCCGGAUAAGUGGGAUGGCUUCCACGACCACAUUGUCGUUGACGAGUUGACUCGUUGCGGGUACAUGGGUGUUGUCUGGGCGCUUGCCUGUGGGAACAUCAUCGGCUGCCCGCCGCUCAUUAACCACGGGACAACCGAGCAGAAACGGCGCCUUCUGCCAUCCAUUUACAACGGUACCACAAGGUUCUGUUUGGCAGUUACUGAGCCCUCAGCCGGCUCCGAUGUGGCAAACAUCAAAACUGUUGCCAAGCGCCAAGGAGACAAGUACAUCGUGAACGGUACCAAGAAAUGGAUCACAAACGGAGUGUAUGCCGACUACUGUACGGCUGCUGUCAGGACUGGCGGUCCGGGUCAGUCAGGCAUCUCGGCUCUCAUCAUUCCAUUGGACGCCAAAGGCGUGACUAGGCGACGGAUGGAUAACUCGGGCAUCAAUGCUAGCGGGUCGACCUUUAUCGAAUUUGACGAUGUCGGGGUCCCCAUUGGGAACUUGCUGGGAAAGGAACAUGAGGGGUUUGGAAUCAUCAUGAACAAUUUUAACCAUGAACGACUAUGGCUUGCAACUAUCUGUCUGCGUCUUGCUCGAGUCUGUGUGGGACAUGCUCAUGACUACGCGACCAAACGCGAGACCUUUGGCAAGAAGCUCAUAGAGAACCAAAUCAUCCGUGCCAAGCUUGUCGACUCUGGCAAGAAGAUCCAAGCCGCGUAUGCUUGGUUGGAACAGCUCAUCUGGACCCGUGAGCGUCUGGCAAACCACGAUGGUCCAGAUACUCUGGGUGCCAGCGUUGCCAUGCUCAAGACGCUGUCUGCUCGCACUCUCGAGGAGACGGUACGCGAGGCGCAGCAGAUUUUUGGGGGGCUGGGAUACUCCAAGAAUGGCCGCGGGAGAGUCGUGGAGCAGAUCAGCCGCGACUUUAGAGUUCUUGUGGUGGGGGGUGGGAGCGAGGAGAUUUUGACAGACUUUGCAUACAGGCAAGAGGCUCGAACUCUCAAAGGGUAUGCCAAUGGAACCGCAAAACUGUGA